CACACGGUAUCACUAUCUUUUGCGACCAGGAUGCGUCACGUUUUUCAACAAGUACCACGAAAUUCUCCAAGAAAUAAAACGAACUCUCACACGUACAGAAAUAUGUUCGGUACGAAUGAAAACUAUUCGUAUCUCUUCCUGAUUAUAAUCCAUCCUUAUAAUUUCAGAAUUAUAAUAAAUAAUGCAUGGAUAAUCACGUAUGCGUUUUUUGCAACUAUCUGUUCAUUUUCUACAUUGAUUUUUGUUAGUUUUUGUUUCGAACAUGAAAUUAUAAGAGUCCGAAGAGAUGGCUAAUCGUUCGUUUAAUUACAGAUAUUCAAAGAUAUUGAUAGAAUCUUUGUAUUUGGUAUCCUUGUCUCUGAGAUAUAUAUUUUCCACGCAGAUGCCUCGAAAUUACCACUAAAUAUAUCGAUACGUUGUUUUGUUUCAGGACAUCGUAUAACACAUUUUGCGCAAGCGUCGCGUUCUAAUAUGAGACCAGAUCAUCCCAGUCGGAAAAAAGUUAUUUUUGAAAUGUAGGCUAUACAUAAACGUAUAAUGGUUGCUUGCAUUUAAAGGUGUAAACGAAUUACUUGUCUUUCUUUCCUCUCCUAAGAAUAUAUGUACAUGUUUCAAAACAACACACGUGCAAUGUAAAUUCAUCGAAUACAACGAAAUAUUUCACAAAUAUUUGUACAUUAAUAGAUACAGUUUUCAAUAUAUCACGAAUCCAAGUCAUUUUACGACGACCGAAACAUCCUGUUUGAUUAUUUUACUGUGGAGGGUUGGAAAUUGGCAUCUUUUCAUCGACGAAGGAAAGUCGAGGAAGCUGGAGAGACACGGUUCGAUGAAAAUUGCCCGGAUCGAUCUGAACGAAAUACCGAGCAAACGCUGAUUUAUUACCAUGUUUCGGAUUUACUUAGUUGCGAGCGAAUCCAAAUCUCUCCAUCUUCUUCCGCUACUUUGAAAACAUAUCACGCCUAUUCACAUAAACAUGACAAAAUUUUACCACUGGGCGCACUUAUAUUUCUCGGGGCUAUUGGCUGAUACGUUAUGUGUUGGGUUGGUUACGGGUUUAAUCUCACUGAUCUCUCUUGCCGCAUAACUAUUCGUGCAUCGAACGAGAAGAAACUUCGCAACUCCCUGACACCUCUCUCCUUCUCUCUUACCUACGACCGUCCGUUUUUUUAAUUUGCGUUUUUGUUUCUCGUUGAUUUUGUUUUAAUUUCGUAAAAUAACCUAUUACCACGAUCUCGCGUCUCGCUUGGCGUCGGGACCUGUUGCAGGAAUGGUUGCAUUGCUGUCGUUGUUACGGUCGGAUUGCAAGCAGCAGCAGCAGCAGCAGCAGCAGCAACAGCAACAACAACAGCAGCAACAACAACAACAGCAACAACAGCAAACGAGCAAGAGGGGGCGUCCUUCAACGUCGAGCGCCGCAACAACAAGAAGCAGUGUCGUUCUGGCAAGCAGACGCGUCAGCAAUACGUGGGACAGUAACAGCUACGACAGCGGAAACGACAAUGGUGGUGGCGCGCGUACGUCUACUCGCGAAGUGGUAUUUCCUGACUCGUUCGAGGUACUACCGCAGCCUUGUGACCUUAGUGUUGUGUAUAUGGGUGUACCGCACGAACAACAACGAAAGUUUAGGUGCCAGUUUUGCGGGAAAGGUUAUAGAUGGAAAAGCACGAUGCGCAGGCAUGAAAUGGUUGAAUGCGGAGGCAAGCCUCCAGCUUUUCAAUGCCCCAUGUGCCCUUACAAGGCCAGACAGCGUGGCAAUUUGACAGUACACUACAAGCGUCAUCAUCAAAAGAUCGAGUACGAUGAAGGUGCCUAAAAAGCCACGGAUCUUCGCCGAUUUACACGAUCGUUUUGAUAAGGAUCGUAUAACGUAUAUAUCGUAUUGGUACCGGCUACCCGUCAGUUUCGAGACGUAUCCUUGCGACACCUGUGGCAGACAGUACAGAAGGGU